AUGAAAGUGAGCACGUUACUUGGUGUGAGGAAGGCUGUCUACAAGCGUCGCUACUGGAAGAUUCUGCUGCUGCACCUCCUUAGAUGCACUAUCAAGGAGAGGAACUAUCUUACUGUGGCAAGUCUGUGUGACCCUACGAGCUCGGCUUGGCAGCGGCUCGACAAUGAAGGCCAUCCUGGUAGCUUCGUGGCGGCUGUUUCACUUCCCCCCGCUUCAUUUAAGGUGCUCCUUGCAGAGUUCUCAAAGCUCUACAAGUUGAAGUGGCGUCCUGGAAGACUAGGUCGCCCUCCCAAGCUACGCUUUCUUCAUGCUGUGCUCGAUUGUGUACUACAUUUCUACACAAGUGCUGUGGAAAUGAAGACUUUGUGCGAGAUAUUUGGAGUUCCACCUGCUACGCUAUCAAAUAUUCUAGCUACGGCUGAAAUGGCGCUUGAGCUAGCUCUAAAUGCACUUCCUGACGCAGCUAUUUGCUAUCCCACAAAGAAUACACAACUGGAAUGGUCAAAAGCAGUACAAGCCCAUGAGCCUUUGGUUUCUGGCGUAUGGGGGUUUGUCGAUGGGAAAAACUAUCGAGUUCAAGAGCCAUCGGAUGUUGACUUACAAAAUGCGCACUACAAUGGUUGGCUGCAUUCAGUACUCAUAACGGGGACUUUAUGCUACGGUUGCGACGGCACUCUAAUUUGGGCGAAGCUCAACUGUCCAGGUUCAUGGAACGACGGCGAGAUGAGCUUCGCCUUACAGGAGAAGCUAGCCGAUGUUCGCAUUACAGUUCCAGGUACCGGUGUGGCUGCUGACACAGCGUUUCCUGCAAGCAAGGGGACUCGAGGACGUAUCGUAACUCCACUGAAGGAUGGCGAUCUGGAGCGUGCACCCGAAAGGUGCCGCCUAGGAAUGCUUGCUAUGAGCAACGCAAUCACAUCACUCCGGCAGGAGCCGAAUGGGGCAUGGAAAGUGCACCUCGGUGUUAUCGGCAACUGCAAUUGCCAUUGCCCUUUGAUCCUGCCAAGCGAGGUAGGCGAAUUCAAAACAUUUACCGUCUUUACAACUUUAGAGUUCGACAAACGCGAAUUAGUCAGAUUCGAUCCGUUUUAUGCAUAA